AUGGGUAGAGAUCAUACAACCAAACAACACGCCAGAUCUGGUCACAGAGAAGCUCCAAAGUCUGAUAACGUUUACUUAAAAUUAUUAGUUAAACUUUACUCUUUCUUAGCUCGUCGUACUGAUGCUCCAUUCAACAAAGUUAUCUUAAGAUCAUUAUUCUUAUCAAAAAUUAACAAACCUCCAGUUUCAGUUUCAAGAAUUGCUAGAGCUUUAGGUCAAAAAGGUGCUUCAGAAAAAACCAUUGUUGUUGUUGGUACCGUUACUGAUGAUAACAGAUUAUACCAAUUUCCAAAAGCUACUGUUGCUGCUUUAAGAUUCACUGCUGGUGCUCGUGCUACCAUUUUAAAAAACGGUGGUGAAGCUAUCACUUUAGAUCAAUUAGCUACCAGAUCUCCAAAAGGUGAAAACACUUUAAUUGUUAGAGGUCCAAGAUCUCACAGAGAAGCUGUUAGACAUUUCGGUUUCGGUCCUCAUAAAAACAAAGCUCCAAGAAUCCAAUCUAAAGGUAGAAAAUUCGAAAGAGCUAGAGGUAGAAGAAGAUCUAGAGGUUUCAAAGUCUAA